CCUCGAGCCGUGGCCACCAGCCUCAAGCCGAACCCCCCCCAAACGGGGGGUGCAGGGGCAGGGCGCAGUGGCUAUGGCUGCCAGUCGGCGGCCGCGAUGGCAAGCACCCGCGCGGUGCUCCGCUGGAACCUGGCGCUUUCGGCGGCGGCGCGCCAGGCCCAGUGGUGGAGGGCCCUGUCACUGCUGCGCGGCGUGCGGGAGAGUGAGCUGCAGCCAGACCUGGUGACGCUGAACACGGCGGUGCGCGCGUGCACCAGGGGCAGCCGCUGGCAGAGGGCUCUCCAGCUGCUGAAGGAGACGGAGGCGUUGCAGCUGCAGCCGGACCAGGUGAGCUUCACGUCUUUGCUGGGCUUCCAGUCGGAUGCCGGCGCCUGGCUGCGCGCGUUGGCCGUGCUCCACGCCCUGGAGGCGGCGCUGGGAACCGCCGACGGCCACGCGCUGAACGCGGCGCUCAACGCGUGCGCCGGCUCCGGGCACUGGGCGGCAGCGCUGGCGCUGCUGCUGCGGCUCAAAGGCAAGGCCAGGGCGGUGGGGCUGAGCACCGCCAUGGCCGCGGCAGUCAAGGUGCAGCGCUGGGACGUGGCGCUGCGGCUGCUGCCCACGGAGGAGUGGGGGCAGAUGGACGGGGUGCUUCUGGCAACCUGCCUGCGGGUGUGCAGGGCUGGACAUGUGUGGCACUUGGGGCUGAGGCUGCUCCAAGGUGCAGCCCGUGCUGAUGCAGCAGUGUUCAACUCGGCUAUUAGUAUGUGCGGCGACGCGGCGCAGUGGCAGAUCGCGUUGAACCUCUUGGGUGGAGCCCGGAAGCGUGGCAUCAUGGACACCAUAGGCUGCAACGCAGCGAUGACUGCCUGUGACAAAGGCCUGGCUUGGCCGCAAGCGCUGCUGGUCUUUGGCAUGGCGCAGCGAAGAGACGCAAUUAGCUACGGUGCCGCGCUGUCCGCCUGUGCUGCCGCGCAGCAGUGGGUCCACGCCGUGGCGCUGCUGCGCCACGGCCUGCGGCGAAACCUCUGCCUCAGCGAGCAAGCAUGGAGUGCCCUACUCACCGCCUGCGGGACACAAUGGGAGUUGGCGCUUGCCUUGGCUGACGAAGGACGUGGGCCGAGAUGGGACCUGACGUGCCACAACUCCCUGCUCCAAGUCCUGGCGCGAGGCGGCGCCCAGUGGCGUCACGUACUCCGCCUGCUCAGCGCCAUCUCCCAAGGUGAGAGGCAAAUUCUGCGGCCCAACGCGGUCACCUGGGAUGCGGCUUAUGUGGCCUGUGAGGCGGCCGGGCAUUUGCCUCCGCUGCCCCGGCUACAAAAGCGUCUUUGCAGAUUUACAGAGCAGUUCCGAGGUGACGAGCUGGAAGGCGCCAAGUGGCCGCUGCAGGCGGGUCUCGGCUUGGCCCUUUGGGCUCGUGGCCGGCUGCAAAGGUUUGGGAUGGCCACAGAUGUCUGGUCAAAAAGCUGCGCGAGGCUUGACAGCUUGAGCCAAGCGGAUAUGUAUUUUUGUUGAGGGACCCUUUUCAGCUUGGUUUGAAAGGAAGCAACAUGUUAAAAACGAACGCCGGACAACCACCAUUUUCGUUUUCCCCUAUUUUGACACAUACCUGUAUAAGUGCGUUUCUUGCGCUUUGGACCAUGGCCAGUUCGCCGUUCUUUUGAGCCUCAGCUUUGUUUCUGCUAACGAUUGUACGCUGCAUUUCUAGUCUCCAGUUUCUCAGCCGACAUGUCUUUUCCACCGAGCCCACAAUGGUCAUGGCUCGUCCGAGCGCAUGGCCAUGAACCAAUGCUGCGUCGUCCAGGCUAUGGCCAAGCAGAACCUCCGGCUCUCGGAGUGGAAGGCCAGAUUUGCGGAUCUUUGUCAGUUCAGCUUUGACAACCGGCC